CUCCCCGCAGGCACUGGGUCACCAACUGGUAGGAGCUCAGCGGUCCUUGCCGCCGUCGCCGUCGUCGUCGUCGCCGUCACCGGAUUCCUGCAGCCGCUCUGCGAGCUGUGUUCCACUUGGAUUCACACCACCUCCUCUGUUCCCGCCGUCACAGCCUCGGCGCCCUUCCCCUGGCCCUCGUCCACCCAAUGUCUGACUCUGAUUCUCGGACUGAGAAACGCAAGAAAAAGAGACCAAAUGGCCAAGCAACCUUCUGAUGUAAGUUCUGAGUGUGACAGAGAAGGUGGACAAUUGCAGCCUGCUGAGAGGCCUCCCCAGCUCAGGCCUGGGGCCCCUACCUCCCUACAGACAGAACCGCAAGGUAAUCCCGACGUCGAAGGGGACCGCUGCCCCCACGGCAGCCCUCAGGGCCCGCUGGCCCCACCGGCCAGCCCUGGCCCUUUUGCUACCAGAUCCCCACUUUUCAUCUUUGUGAGAAGAUCUUCUCUGCUGUCCCGGUCCUCCAGUGGGUAUUUCUCUUUUGACACAGACAGGAGCCCGGCACCCAUGAGUUGUGACAAGUCAACACAAACUCCAAGUCCUCCUUGCCAGGCCUUCAACCAUUAUCUCAGUGCAAUGGCUUCCAUAAGGCAAUCUCAGGAGGAACCUGAAGAUAUGCGCCCGGAGAUACGGAUUGCACAGGAGCUGCGGCGGAUCGGAGACGAAUUCAACGAAACCUACACAAGGAGGAUGUUUGUGAAUGACUACGGAGACGCUGAAGACCACCCUCAAAUGGUUAUCUUACAACUGUUACGUUUCAUCUUCCGUCUGGUAUGGAGAAGGAUCUUCAUGCAGCUAGGAUAAAUGGCGGACAUUGCUCUUGUUCAGACCGGGAGAACCCCAGCACUUCCAUCUCUUGGUGCUGCAACAGUACGCCGAGUGGUUCUGUCCCAGAGAGGUGUGCUGAGCAUGGCCCGCUCUGCACCGUGUCGAUGUGAACGGAGCCUCUGUUCAUCACCACAUGGCUGAAUUUUCAGUAAAUAUUUGUUGUGAAUGUAAACAAGGGAGGAUUUUUCUCUUUUUAAUGUACAGAUCCUAAGAACAGAGAAAUAUGCAAGAGAGGUGUUUACAUGUGGUAUGUUAAUUUUUUUAAACCCACUUUCUUUGAUAACUGGUUUGUUUUUGUUUUUGUUUUUUUGUCUUGUUUCAGAAAGGAAAACUUUUUAGCCAAUUUAUGGAUGGUUUUUAUACUCUAGUUCUUAACCUGUUAACCUAAUCAGAGGAUUAAGUGACCCUGCAGUGGGAGCUGAGCCAGCUGAUUUAUAAGGCUGCCUUGGUUUAUUUUUAGAGAUUACUGUACAGACUUUUUUAAACAGGAAGAGGAUGGUGUUGCCCUCUCUCCUCUGCCAUGGCCUCCUUGAGUUUCCUCUUGAAUUGUUACUACCAAGACAGUUCUUAUGAAAUGGAAUGAUGUCAAGCGGCAGAGGCUCUGUUCUGGUACGCCACUUCCAUUUUGUAAAUAUUUACCUCCGUAGCUCAGUUGCCCCUGUGGCAGAAAUUCACACUUUUUGUGCUUCCCCUUAACUCCUCAGACCCCUCGGUCUGUCUCACACUGAUGCACAGGGUGUUUUCAAAUGUAUGUGUGUCAGCAAGGGCUAGGGGCUGCCGGGAUUGUUCCCAGCUCCAUCAAUCAAGCUGACUCGUGGGAAGGGCUCUUGUGCACUUCACUUCGCUGUGGUGGGUUUGUUUGUCUCUUUUUAUCCUGAGAGAACGUGGGCUUACACACCACUUGUUGAAGCUGUUAGCUCCUCUGCUUGCUGGCUUUGCUGCGCCAUAGGCUCUGCUUUGCUGUGUGUUGCCAGAUGAGCUGGAGCCCAUGCUUUCCUGGGGAUUGGCCAGGUCAUUUCAGGAGCAAGGAGCUCAGGUGAUUCCUUUCCAUGCUUCUUGGUAUGUAGCCCUGCUCAUCCUACCUGGCCUGUGAGUCCUGGAUUUCAUCUCUGUUCCCUUGAGUUAGGGGCUGGCUCUACUUCAUCAGUUUCCAUACAUAGGAAACCUCCAUUAUAUCAAGUAAAGCAUUUGUCUUCCACAAGAUGUCUGCCUGCUUUGCUCUCUCCAUUUUCUUAACACUUUGAUCUUGUGGGGCUACCUGUGUCUGGGGUGGGGUGCGCUUUCUUGGUACCUGCCCCUCAGGACAACACGUACCAGCAGCCCAUACACUGGUCAGUUAUUUCAAGAGCAGGCAGCACUGGAAGUGUAUAGCCUGGUGGAGAAGCGCUUCCUAUCGUGUAGACGCCCCGUGUCCCAAAACAAACAGCACACCUGUAGGCAGACAGCCAGGGGAGAUACAAAAAAGGACCAAGAGGAAAGAACAUGGGAGGGGUGGGGGGAGCGGCGAGAACUUCAGACAUCACGAAGCUUGCUUAGAGAGGUGUAUAUGAGUUUCCACCCAAGUCAGCGGUGCCAACAACUGUUGGCUUUUGGCCUGUAGAAAGCCAGUAGUUUUUCUUACGUUAUUAAGUAGAGAAACCCAUUCAUUCCUACUUUCGUGUGUGUGUGUGUGUGUGUGUGUGUGUGUGUGUGUGUGUGUGUGUGUAUAGCCUAUAUGCUUUCUUCUAGAUUGAGAUCUGAUCCAAAUAAUCUUUAUAAACGCUUUCCCAGCUUCCUUAGAUUUGUAAUAGUUUGAAAGCUGUUUUGGCGUUCACCUCCUUUCCUGAUGUAUUGAGCCUGCUCGUGGGUUCCCAUGAGGCCUAUGGUUGUAAGUUGGUGUUAAAAGAGUGCAACCAUGGCUCUGACACACACACACACACACACACCAAAGACUUGCUUGGUUCUGGGCCAUCUCCCUCCCAGGACCUCCAUUCCCAUGUGCCAGUCUCCCUGACUGGAGCACUUUACUGUGUCAGCCCCGUGGCUCUGUGGUACUGCCUGGGCAGGUGCAGAAGGCUCCCAGAGCCAGGUGCCAAUGGCAUGUGUGUCCCCUAAAGCAUGCUUACUCCAGCCUGGGGCUGGCUGCUGAAGCAGCUCAUAGGGAAAUAAGAGAUUCUAUGAAUUGUAGAAGUAUUCAAGAACAGGAUGCGGCACCCAGAACUUAAACAUGACUGGAUGUCCCUGUACUAUAUCUGUUUCUUAAAAUGCAAAUGUCUCCUACAGAGAGUAUCCUUGCUCACUGUGGGUAGGCCUUUGUACUUAAUUUUUAUUUUAUUAUUCUGUCUCUUUUUUGGUAGGACAGAAACUAGAUCUCCCUCCCCCACAUGUGAGUGUGUGUGUGUGUGUGUGUGUGCGUGUGUGUGUCUAUGAACAUAAUGCGGGUUUUGUGCCUUGACAGCCUCCCCAUGUGAGGUUUGUAAAUAGUGUCCUGUGACUUCACCUCAAGUUGGAAUAAACAUACAAAAUGGCGUCCUGAGUCAUUCUUCAAAUUUUCUUCCCAGAAAAAAGUUGAUGAAUUUGGGGAAGGGGGAAUCUGAAAUCAGUUUAAAGUCUCUCUUUAUCUGUCUGUAAUGGGUAAUGUCGCUUCUCCUGUUUCCUUCCAGUGUUGUAUAUAUUUUGACUAUUUAUUAGAUUAGGAAGUCAUGUUUCACUUGUCAACUGAGCCAGAUGUCUGUGUGCAAUUGUAUUCCCUUUACCUUCUUUGUAAAAUAUUGUACAGGAUAAAUGAGUAAAAAAAAAAUCACUGUUUUUUUUUUUUUCUCAAACUUCUCUUACUUAAGGAUUGUAAAUAGCAUAGGUUCUUCUGUGUAAUGUGCCCUACUGUUUCAUAAUGCUGUAACUUGUAGAGACGUUGUAUAUUUAUUUUCUGCUUAUUUAAUGUCUUAAGUUCUUGAAAGUGUUGACAUCCCUAUCCCUGACACCCCUGCCAUACCAUGAAUUGCUUCAGCUCCUGAUAAACGGGGCAGUGACUGAUUAUGUCCCCCCCCCUCCCCAAGGUGGCUUCUGCUUGGCUUCUGGCCUUCAGUGCUUGGUUCCUGCUGCCUUUCUGGUGAAAUGAGUGUUUUGCUGCCGGUAAGAUACCCUAGAUGCAGGAGCCUGGAAGAUUGGACUCUAAGAAAAUACCCAUCAAACCCAUUUAUAAAGCAGCUGGCUUCUGAGAAAAGCAGAUUUACCAAUAAGUUGGCCAUAUCCUUAGAGAAGUAUUAGCAACAAAUGGGGAAGAUAUUUUUUUCUUUAAUUGAAAGAGUAUCUUUGACAACUCAGUGUUGAGUGAAAUAUAAUCCUGAUCUUCUUGAGGUACUGCCCUGGGUAAGAGAAGAGCUGGUGGGACCUGUUUCUACAGCUUUUGCCAAGGCCACUUGUGUCACCAGGACACUCACUGGCUACUGUCCCCACCUGCUGUAUGCUUCCUAUGUUUUGAGGUCUGUAGACUGAACUUACCUAUGCCAUUCAGCUUCCUCCCCCUGUGCGUUGCAUUAGGUUGCCUGUACCUGCUUCCCUCAACCAAGGUUCAAGUCCCCACUGGCCUGGGUGUCAAGAUAGAAAAGCUCACUGAAGCUCUAGAGCCAUGUGACUUCAUGUAAAUGGUUUUGUCCUCCCUGCUGAUUUAGCCUGGUGCCUGUGUGUGUCCAUCCGCUCAGUAUGUCUGUGCGGGUCCUGUCCACACGUGUCGCUAAAUCAGUGGGGAAACCCUCUCAAACAGCGUUGCAUUGCGCAAAGCAUCAAGUUCCCAACGAAGUACUUGAUCUCUUUCAAAUGUGUUUUGUUGUCUAGGUUCUGUGACCACUGGUUUCUGUAUCCAGACCUGUCAGGUAUCCUUUAGUGAAUAGCACUGAUGUCUGUAUAGUACCCCAUCACUAACGUCAGAACCCAGCGUAUGUAGCAUUUGUAUUGCAGUUCCCUGGCUUCCUUUAUGUUUUGCACUGAUGAAUUUUGACAGGGUAAUUGCCACUGUACCUGUGCAAUACUGCUGUAAAUAACUGCAGAUUUUUUUAAGAAACUCAAUCUUUUAUGUUCUUAAUGAAUUUUAUAUAAAUAAAACUUGCGUCUAGCUUU